AUGCGCGUCCUCUAUCUAUCAACACUCUGCCUGAGCAGCUGCGCGGCAGCAGCAGCACUGCCAUACCUGGGCUCUGGAAACAACAACGCCCAAGUAUCAACCCGCAAGCAUGAGCUCAUGCUGCCCUGCGCAGAGUGCGCAUUUGCAGAUAGCGGCUGCAGUCGAUCAGAGCAGACAUCCUCUUCAUACUUGACCCUCAAACUCACCACCCACGACAACACCCUCUUCGCCAACGACCAGCCCAUCUUCCCCCCUCCUGUCCCCAUGCAAUUCCACGCCACCCAGUACCAGGGGGCCGACCGCCGCUACUUCCAACACAAAGACGUCCAAGUCGCCUAUGCUCUCGAGGCUCACCCCGUCUCUCCCCGACCAGGCGCUCCCCUCGGCGACAUCUUCCACCUCAAGAUGGACUUCCUUGACAUGCAGGGUCGCCCCGCCACCGAUGACCUGGUCAGGAUCGUCCUCCUCCAAACCGCCACCAACGACCUCGUCAUCAACGACGUCCAACAUGACAGGAAAACCGAAAUCGCCCUUCCCGCCCGGAAAAAAGCCCCCAUGUCCCUCGCGGACAUCAUCUCCAAAAUGUACUUCAAGGGGCCCGACAGCUCUUCCGAUGAAACCGCCACGAAAGCGGCCAACGAGUAUCCCAGCAGCAGCAGCAGCAGCAGCAACAGCAGUGGCUUCUACGAUCACUUCGUCCACAUCCCACGCCCCAUCCUGCUGCAAGCAUUGCUCGCUGUAUUCUGCGGUAUCCUGGCUUGUCUGGCAGCGCUGGUCAUCGAGCGGAUCUGCCUGUCUGUGCGGAGGCGCUUCAUUGAGCAUCGUACCCUGCCUCGUCCGAUCCCAGUCCUCACGAUUGAGGGCGAGAUUCUUCGGGAGGAGGAGCUUUUCUCGGAGAAGAAGCUGGUGCAGGUGGAGGUGGAGGAGGUGGAUUCAAUGACAUGA